AUGUCGGACGUGAGCUUCGAACCUAACGCAAUUGUGCGUGGGUUCCAGUUGACCAUUGUAGGGACCAUCCGAGCUCUUCGAAAUCCCGAGCUUUUCAAACAUGAGCACUUUCGUCAAGCAGCCAUCGCUGUGGCAGUGGGCGUUGUCAUUCAUUUGAUUGUCCAAAUUCCCAUCAUCAUUCUCAAAUUUGCUCUCUAUAUUAUGUCCUUCAUAGUAAAUUUGCACGAGGCCAACUGGGAUGACAAGCUACUCCAUGGCCUUGGCUUCAUAUCCCAAUCUGUCCUCCAGAUACCCUUCGUCCUGAUGACCUUGAUGGGCCAUUUGACGCCAACACUAGAUGAAAUCUUUAUGCAAUCCAUCCAUUGGGUCGAUACCACAUACAUCCAGAAACAUAAGUCUGACAAUCCAGAUACGCUUCGGGCUAUGUAUUAUCCCAAUCUAGCAUUGUUUCCGACCAAAGAUGGCACUCGGAAUUCCCAGCCAAAAUACCAAGUCAUCAUAGGGUUUGUGAAUCGUUAUGGCAAGAAGCUUGCAUUGGGUCUUGGGGUCUACUUCCUCUCCACGCUCCCUGUUUUUGGUCGUUUUGUGAUGCCAGCAGCCAGCUUUUACACAUUCAAAAGAAAUGUCGGUACUGCUCCAGCCGCUGUAAUUUUUGGAGCAGGCCUAGUUCUCCCGAAGACUUUAAUCAUCAGAUUCCUUCACACCUACUACGCAUCAAGAAGUCUGAUGAGAGAGCUCCUGGACCCUUACUUCCGUCGCAUCAAAUUUACCCCAGAGCAAAAGCGGCGCUGGUUCCAUGACCGGGAGGGUGUUCUUUUUGGUUUUGCAUUUGCAUUCACAGUGGCUUUGAAGACUCCUUUUAUUGGUGUUCUCAUGUACGGGGUCGCGGAGGCUUCUACCGCAUAUCUUGUCACAAAGAUUACUGAUCCACCCCCUCUCCUGCAGAAAGUGCAAACUUUGCGGAGAGCCAAGUGCACCAUGGCGUUGCCUACUUCUGGGAUAGGUUCCGGUCACAUGGACCCAAUUUCAGAAGCACAUCUUCUUAUUACCCAGCUCUACGACCCCGCAAACCAGCGAAAUCCAGCUCGAAUCCAUGAUAUACAAGCAAGAAUACAGCAAUUACAGAAAGGUGACCAUGCGUGGGAAAUUGCAGAUUCCCUACUAAGGGAGCCUUCUGCUCAGCAUCGUUUCAUGGGCGCUUUGACUUUCACUGUGAAGAUCAAUGUAACCGGGGCGGAGCUCGAUGAGAUCAUGGCUGGGCAAAUUCUCGAACGACUACUCAACCAUUUCAUCUCCCUUGUGACCGAGGGAGAGUCGGCGAUGGUGAUUCGGAAGUUGGCCUCAAGUUUGGUUGCUGUGUUUAGAAAUUCGUCUUCCUCGUGGAAGCGGGCUCUUUGGCAGGUUGCUGCCAGUCUUGCACAUGGCAGUUUCGUUACGGAACAGCAGUCCCAGACUGUCGAUUUCUUAGGCGGCGUCCUUCCAGCUCUGACAACCCACAAAGCCACUGCUUUGACAUUUUUCUCUAUUGCAUUGGCCGAGGAAGCUGCACGAUUGGAGACCGAACCUCAGGACUUAGUGGCAUCUGUCAUACAGCGGGUGAAAGAGAACAUCAAUGACGCCUUUCUAUUAGUGCGGUACACUUUGCAGCAAAUUGCACAGCACCCCACUGGGUCCGAAAAACAUACACCUGGACAGAUUCUGGGCAACGAGGCAAUUAGCUCAUGGAAGGCAUGGCUUAAUAUCUACGGAGCUCAUACUCAUUCAACCGAAAAAGAAACUCAAGUUCUGGUCAUCUCUUGUGGGCAGGGCAUAAUUGAACUACUUCGAUUGCCCAGCUUCAGUGAGUACGCAGCUUCCAUUCUAACCCAGGCUUUUGAAACUCGUUCUUGGGCUUUUGAUGGCAAUUCAAUCUCAAAUCUCGCCCAAAUACUCUCAAAUUCAAUUGUGACAGACCGCCUUAUUGCCAUGAUUCAAGGAGAAGAAGGCUCUGAGAAUAUGACGUUUGUCGAUCUCUUGGUGGCCUAUGUUUCACACCUAGGGUUUAAUCUAUUCAACAACCCCAUGGAACCGCAAAACGACCGCCUUCUUGCCAUUCUGCACGACAUUUUCAAAACGCCGGGCUAUGCAGCUAUUGACGAGUCGGCAACACCUCGUGUGCUGGAAUACUGGGGAGAUAUUGCUGAAACUCUUCCGGACGAGCUACAGUCUGAUGACCCCAGAUAUCCCAUUGUGAAAGAACAACUGGCCAAGGUAGUUCUCGGCAUGUUCAACAAGCUCAUUUACCCGACUGCUGAAGAUCUUGCGGAUUGGACUGAUGAAGAGCGUAGCGAGUUCAACGCUUUUCGGUCUGAAGCCUGUGACUAUCUACUUUCCGCAUACCCCACACUUGGGGUUGAGCUAGUCAGCGUUUUCCAGGAGAGUGCAACGACGAACCUUCAAAAAGCGGACUGGCGGAGCUUUGAGGCGGCAGUAUUCUGUAUCGCUCAGUUAUCGGAGGCUGUGGACGAUAAUGGUCAUGCUGACCAAUGUUUGGACGCGAUAUUCGGCAGUGAGGCAUUUUCUCGUCUUUGCCUUGGCAGUGAGAUCGACAUUCCCCUCAAAUCACGCCAGACAUUGGUGCACGCCUUCGGCAAAUACGAGUCAUACUUCGAGCGCCACAGUUACAUCCUUGCCGGUGUUUUGAAUGUUCUUUUCGAAUCCAUUAAUUUUGACUCUUGUGCUCAGUCUGCCUCGAGAUCUAUUUUGACUCUGUCGAAAUCAUGUGCCAGUGUUCUUACGCCAGACCUCCCUGUUUUCCUCGACCGACUGGAUCAGUUCCGCAGCAGGCCCACUGCAACAGUUUCAACUAUGCCUAAGGUUCUGGAGGGGAUCGCCACAAUAAUCCAGAAGUUAGAUUCGGACGAAUACAAAGUCCAGACCUUGGAUAGAAUUCUGACGUUCCUUGUCCAGGAUGCUGUUACAGCGCGAGCAGAGGCUACUGCCUCCGAAUAUGAUACUGCUCGUACCCAUGCGCACCUAGUUCUGAGCUGUAUCGCCAGCAUUGGCAAAGGCCUGCGUGCAGAUUCAGACGAGGCAAUUGUGAUUGAAGCAACAGAUGACAGAGGGCCGUACCCCGAUUCCUUCUGGAACAAAGGAGCUGGGUCUGGCAUUCAGCAACUCAUCAUGCAAGUAAUGAGCCUGCUUAUCGUUGAUUUCCCGGUCGACAGCGCGAUAAUCGACUCGGCAUGCGAUAUUCUCAAGGCUGGUUAUACAGAGUCCACGGGGCUUUUCGUGUUCCCCCCUUCGUUGACAGUCGACUUUAUCAGAAGCUUCCCGCUAGGCAUUUCGGGGACAGACGUUAUCAUGGCUACAGCCUCGUCUUUCCUGGCUUCACAUUCAUCUCAUGCCAUGAAAAUUCGAGAACAAGCUGCUCAGUUGAUUGUCCACGUCUCGCAAUUGUUUGCCUCAAUGCUAGACAAUCCUGAGCUUUACGACCCCGAGACCGCCAAUGCUGGUAUCGACUUUCUCACUCGUCUUCUUUCCAAAUACUACCCAAUACUCUUUUCUCUCACAGAUCCAUUCCCAUCAGCCUCUGGGCCCGCCUCGCGGGAUACUCCGGUCUACGUGCUUCUCUUGAACUUCACACUUUACGCUCUUACUCGCCCAGAGCCACUUGUUCUUCGAUCUGCAUCCGCAUUCUGGGUCGCUAUGGUGGAUCUACGUGGCAGCUCGCAUGAUGAAACAGCCGCACUUGAUGAAGUCCUUCAACGAUUCAUUCCACCGCUCUGUGGAACCGUAGUUCAGCAAAUCGCAGGCCGUUGUGCACGCUCCGAUCUGACGUUCCUUAACGACGUUCUUCGACGUACAAUGUUCAAGAAGAUGAACCUCGCUCGUCCAAGCUUGACUGCAAGUCUGAAUAGCUUAGAUGUGCAAGCAGCCGAUUCCAAGACUUCGUUGCUGUUGCCUCAGGAUAAGUCUCGCUUUGUGGAGUCCAUGGUGGUUGCUCGGGGUGCUAAGGCACAGUCGUUGGAGAUCGUACGGUCUUUCUGGUUGAAGUGUCGAGGGAUGUCAUUUGAUUAUGCUCAAUGA